GUUGGCAUCUACAGAAUGCUGACGCCAUGCCUCCUGAUUAGGGAUGUCGACGUUGUCAAAACUAUGACAAUCAAAGAUUUUACCAAUUUUCACGAUAAUGAUAUAUAUAUGGACCAGAGCUCAGACCUUAUAUUUGGAGGAAAUCCGUUCGUAUUAAAAGGCGAAGACUGGAAAGAAAAGAGGACUCAGAUAACAAAUGCGUUCACAUCAGGAAAGGUAACUGCAUUCAAGAAGCAUACUUGAAAUACAAUCACUUGGUUUGAUCUAACAUAUGGUCUUAUAGUAUUAGCAAAUUUCCUUGGAAAAAUUCAAUUAAAAACAUCGAUCGUAAAGAAUCCGUAGAUUAGAUCCUUAGGUACUUAAUGGGCCUACAAGAUGGGACCACACAUUAAAAGAUCAAAUGCACCAAGAUGCUGGUUUGGCACUUUUGUGGUAAUACGACCGUAGUGUCAUACAUAUACUUGCAUUUUUGUCUAACUAACCACAAUAAAUAGGCGAUCGGUCCAGUAUUAUUUAACAUUUCCUAAUUGUUCAUCCCAAAACACCAGGGAAAAUUUCCUCACCGACAUGAAUCAAAACCCAUUUCGCUAGCUGAUGUUAUUUUUAUGCGGAAAACAAAUGGGCGCCUUUCUUUCUUUUACAAUAAUUCAAACGUUUCUUUCUUUUCACUAACUUGAUUGUGAUUCAAACGUUUUGCGCAUGUGGCAUUGUUUCUCUGUUGCUCUCGUCAUGAUUGUAGACAACACCAAUUUUGAGAGCUCUGACAAAUUGCAAGCAGAAAUAUUGAGCCGUAUUCAUAAAAAAGAAGCAUAUCGUCGGAAUCAUAAGGUAAAAGUAUAAUGUCUUGCUUCGGAGAAAAAGAUAGAAGUAAAAGGUUAACUGGUAUUUGUAUCUUGAGCGACACGUCCGGACUUGUUCCAGCUUGUAGUUGACGUGGGAGUUCGUUCACUCAGCAUCACUGACAGUUAUACUCCAGAGCUUACCCAGACCGUUCCGUGUUUUGACUGGAUACAGUUUUUUUCAAAUGAAUAAGCAUGUCAUCCUCAAGUGAUCAGAAAACUAUAGAAAAUAAUGUCAACGACCUGCAGUUCAUCGCAGAUGAAAUUGCCAUUGCUCCCAUUUUUUGCAAAUGUCACAAGUUCCAAAAAUAAAAAUGAGAAAUGACGAUGCCUUGAAAAAGAUGUUGAAAAAUACGAAUCAACAUUCGGUAAACCAUUAGAUACUAAGGGAUUAUUAAAAAAAUCAAUAAUAUGAAAUCAAGGUUUAAGAAAAAAACAGAUCUAAAAAAAACUGGUAAUAAAGCAAUUAAAUUGUUAGAUUGGAAAAGAAAGUUGCUGAAAGUUAUGGAAGGUGACUGUAAUCGUACAAUUGGGAAAGUUAGAGGUGCCAUUGGUAGUGUUCAAGAAGAAGGAAGUGAACUAUAUACCGAGUGCAGUGAGCAAAUUUCAGAAGACAUUGCCACCAAAAAGAAAAUUAGCAACAGAGAAAUACGAAACUAAGGAAACUAAAGGGUUAGCUACAAAAGAACUGCAACGUCUAGUGCUAUUAUAGCAGUACCAAACAAGUAUUUUACAACAGGAAUAUUAUGAAACGAAAGUAGAAAUGAUGGAGCAUCAGAAGCCACCUGUAACUUAUGAUGUUCACGUAAAUAAAACUUAUUAUAAAUUAUAAAUACACUUUAAUCAGUAAAACUAUUUAUUAUAAUACUCAAGCUUCUUCUUAUUUGUUGACCUAGUUGGCGGAGAGGAAGUUUCGCCAUUCUCAUGAUUUCCUUCAUCUUCAUCUGGGUCUUAUUCAACUAACUUUCAAAGUCAGGAUCGCCCAAGCUCUUAGCCACAUUAUGGAGUACAAUACAAGCAAUUAUUAUUUUUGGCACAUUUGCCAACUUUACGCGGCAAACAUACUGUAGGGUAGGAAACCGGCAUUUCAGUUGGCCGAAGCAGCGUUCAGUUAUAACUCUUUCUUGUUUUAAAAGCUUAUUAUAAUUUAUUUCUGCACCUGGAGUAGGAUUUCUGAAGGGAGUCAUAAGGCAUGGCUCAAUACCAUAACCGUCACCCUCAAGUAGUACAACAUCUCAUUUUUCUUCUCUAGUUUGAGAGGCAUUUUAGAAUAAAUUGACCAAAUUCAUUGGAUCCAUUACAUCAAUGACGUCAUCUUAUUCGUCCAAUUUGUGCCAAUAGCGCAAAUACUGAUUCUCGCCGUUCAAUAGUAAAGUCGGGCCUCAGGUGCAUAAAAAUCUUAUGUAAAGGCUAUCUCAUUCAUGCUAACGCCUUCCAUAGAGGACUGGAACCUACUUCAAUUUCCAUUUUCUAGAUUAAAGCUAUGUUUGCCAGUAUGACAAAAGGUGCAAAGCAAAUGAUAGAGUACCUAAACAAGACUGUUGGAGAUGAAGGCAAAACAUUCGAGACCAUAGAUUUCAGCAGCAACUACACUUUAGAGACAGUGCUUAUCUGCGCUUAUGGAAUUGAAGUGAAGGUGUUUGAAGAACCUGACUCAAAGUUUGUUCAAAUGGGAAAGAAACUUCUACAACCUAAGCCCUUAGAAGCAUUCUUCUUCUAUGUGUCCAUGCUGUAUCCAAAGAUAACCAAGUUGUUAAAGAUCAGGUAGGUUACAAGAGUAGUUGAAAUUCGUAGUUUAGGCAGCCUUGUAAGGUAUUGCCGAUCUUACAUUCCAAAUCGUUAUCUCAUUUUUCGUACAACUUUAUAAGAUGGUGUUACUGCUAGCUUGAAAAUUGCAGAUUUAGCAAUCAAGGAACCAGCGAACAGGUAUUUGAAAUGAUUAAAGCCGCAUUUGACUACAGAGAUAAAAACAAUUUGGAAAGCAAAGACUUCUUGGGAAAUUUAGCGCCCUUGAGAGCAGUUUUUGGCGAGAAGAGUGUGCUAGCAUUAGCUGCAGCUUUCUUUGUGGAUGGACAAGCUACAACUGGUUUGGCUAUGGGUGGCAUUCUAUACGACCUUGCAAAGAACCCCGAAGUACAACAAAAAUUGAGGGAAGAACUGAAUGAGUAUUUUGAGAAAGACAAAGGUCAGCUGUCUUAUGAGAGUAUACAAGAAAUGCCGUACCUUGAUGCUUGUUUCAAAGAAUCUCUAAGGAUGCAGCCUGUGCUAGGAUUCCUAACGAAGGUAUGUACAAAAACAUACACCUACACUCCACCAGAUGAAAGUCACCCUCCAAUUGUUAUUGAAAAAGGAACGCCUAUUCUGCUUCCCAUACAUGCUAUUCACAACGAUCCACAGUAUUUCGACGAACCUUCGAAGUAUAUACCAGAGAGAUUCAUGGACAAGGAGAUGGCCAAUACGAAGUACUUCAUGGGCUUUGGCAAUGGGCCUAGGGCGUGCAUAGGUAACUAGAUUGCAAGCCUAGAUUGUAUUCCAGAAUCUACGUUAGACCGCGAAUAUUGUACUGUUUGUGUUAAUGUCUGAGAUGUUUGUUGUGCCUUUUUAGCAAGAAGAUUCUAUUACCCUAAUUAGUUAUUGAAUAUUGACAACAAAAUCAUACAAUUCUUAUUUGAUUUGAAAUCUCGUCGAGGACAGUACUCCAUUUCAAGGUUCAUUCUAAUUGUAUACCGAAACCUUCCAAAUAGUUUUAAGCAAAACAACUUAACACAAAAGUAUUGACGCUGCUAGGGCUAUGAUUCAUAUACGAUGCGGCGUGUUUCAAAUAUCGCUGCACCAUAGACUGUAAAUCUUAAUUCAGAUCAGUUGAGUUGAGUAAGUGUUCAGAUUGUCCGCAUUACAUUUGAAAACUUCCUACCACGAAUUUCUCGAAAACCACUGAUUAAAAGAAAAAACGCCGAGACACGUCAAAAUCUAUGUCAAGGGAAACU